AUGGCGGCCUUGUGGGCUUUCAUAGUGGCAUUGCUCGUUUCGAAUGUGGAGGCCCGACCCGCAACUUUCCUGCAGGAUUUCCGUAUCACGUGGUCCGACUCUCACAUUAGGCAACUCGAAGGCGGGAGAGCCAUUCAACUCGUUCUAGACCAGACCUCAGGAUGUGGAUUUGCUUCCAAGUACCGAUAUCUAUUCGGGCGCGUCUGCAUGAAGAUCAAGCUCGUCCCGGGAGACUCGGCCGGGACGGUCACCGCCUUCUAUAUGAACUCAGACACGGACAAUGUACGCGACGAGCUGGAUUUUGAGUUCUUGGGCAACCGGUCUGGUCAGCCGUACACGGUCCAGACAAACGUGUUCGCCCACGGCAAAGGAGACCGGGAGCAGAGGAUCAACCUCUGGUUCGACCCAGCUGCCGACUUCCACACUUACUGCAUCCUAUGGAACCACCAUCACGUCGUGUUCUACAUUGAUGAGGUGCCAAUAAGGGUGUACAAGAACAACGAGGGGCGUGGGAUCCCAUUUCCCAAGUUGCAGCCGAUGGGGGUGUACUCGACCCUGUGGGAGGCGGACGACUGGGCCACACGAGGUGGACUCGAGAAAAUUGACUGGAGUAAAGCCCCAUUCUACGCUUACUACAAGGACUUUGACAUCGAGGGCUGCCCCGUGCCUGGGCCCGCGGGCUGUGCAUCGAGUGGCGGCAACUGGUGGGAGGGGGCAGCCUAUGCCCAGCUGAGCCAGGUGGAGGCCCGCAGGUACCGCUGGGUCAGGACCAACCACAUGAUCUACGACUACUGUACCGACAGGUCUCGCAGCCCGGUCCCGCCUCCCGAGUGUGUGGCUGGGAUUUGA